AUAUAUAGUAAGAUAUAUUUGUGCUAGGGUUUUAUCAGGGGAUAGAAAAGAACAGAACGCAACCUUGAAGGCCCAACAGUUGCAUUACUGCCAGUGGAGAGUUCGAUCGCUUUAAAACACUAGAAACAUGGAGACUCCAGAUACCCCCGACACAAAAAUAGCUAAAUCGCCCCCGCCGCCGUCUCCGACGACGCAAGAACCAGACCCCAAAAGGGUCAAAAUGUCUACUACAACCACUUCCGACGACGAAGAAACCGCUUCCGCCACCAACGGCACCAAAAAACAGAGAUACAAACGACGGAAGAUCGCCAUUUUCUUUGCCUACUGUGGCGUCGGCUAUCAAGGCAUGCAAAAAAAUCCAGGAGCCAAAACCAUCGAAGGCGACCUUGAAGAAGCACUGUUCCACUCUGGCGCCGUCCCCGAGCAAGACCGCGGCAACCCAAAACGCUAUGAUUGGGCUCGCUCGGCCCGAACGGAUAAGGGCGUAAGCGCCGUGGGCCAGGUCGUUUCUGGGCGGUUCUACAUCGACCCGCCAGGGCUAGUGGAGCGCCUUAAUCGGAUACUUCCUGCCCAGAUUCAGAUAUUUGGCUAUAAGCGUGUGACGGCGUCGUUUAACUCGAAGAAGUUUUGUGAUCGGCGACGGUACGUUUAUCUUAUUCCUGUUUUUGCUCUUGAUCCAAAUUGUCAUAGGGAUAGGGAAAGUGUUUUGGCUAGUUUAGGAUCGGGUAAUGAGCUUGUUAAGUGCUUGGAGUGCUCAGAAAGAGGCCGUAAAGUCGCAGGUGUUAUGGGCAAGCGUAGUUUCGAAUCCAAGUCGACAAUAGUUCAGUCUGACGUUUCUUCGAAAAAUGGAGAAUCUGGAAAUGUAAUUACGGAAGAUAACCUGGCAUCUGAACUUGAGGAGGCUACUGAUAGUUCUGUCCAAAAUGAGGUUACUGAUGUGGAUAAAGCUAAUGUAGAAAAGAAACCCGCGGAGGAAAGAAGGUUUUGUUAUGGUGAGGAAGAGAAGAAGCGGUUCAAUAGAAUAUUGAAGCAUUACGUUGGGUCUCACAACUUUCAUAACUUCACUACAAGAACGAAAGCCGAAGAUCCUUCUGCACGUCGCUAUAUCGUAUCAUUUCACGCGAACAACGUUGUUAAUGUUGAGGGCAUUGACUUUGUCAAGUGUGAGGUUGUAGGUCAGAGCUUCAUGCUUCAUCAGAUUCGAAAGAUGAUUGGAAUGGCCAUUGCGGUAAUGAGGAAUUGUGCUUCUGAGUCACUGAUUGAAACUGCAUUACGAAAGGAUGUGAACAUCAACGUACCUACAGCACCCGAGGUUGGUUUGUACUUGGAUGAGUGCCUCUUUGCAUCAUAUAACCAAAAGUGGAAAGAUAGUCAUGAAGAAUUGUCUAUGAAAGCUUAUGAAGAAGAGGCAGAGGAAUUCAAAAUGAAGUUUAUAUAUUCUCAUAUUGCCUCAACAGAACGUGAGGAAGGAGUUGUAGCCCUAUGGUUGCAUUCUCUAAACCACAGAAAUUACCCUGAUUUAAGGGAUUGCAAUGUAGAAACGAUAGAGGGGAUGAGUCUUAAGGUGGAUGAUAAUACAGACAACACAGAAGAGAAGAGUGCUUCAGUGGAGAAAAAUGGAGACACUGAGACACAAAGUGCCAAAGAUUAGAAUAUGACCGAAUGAAUAGU